AUGAGUUGCUUUGGAAAGACUUCUUGCUGUUUAUUUCUCGAUUAUGGAUUAUCAUUGCCUAUCGAUGAUCAUCGCAUGCGUGAAGCCGAAUUGUUUAAUCGUACAGCCGAUAUAAGCAUUAAUUCAUCAUCUCCAGUGUUGCGUUCCAAUGAAUCAGGUAUUUUACGUAAUCAGUUGCGAUUCGGUCGACCACACAGUGGGGCGACAAGAAACUCCUCUGGACCUUCGCUACUUUUGAAGCAAGCGAUUGCAAAUCGAAUAAAUUCGGAGAAUGAUCAGAAAUUCGUUAAGGCUACGGGAAAAGCUCUUAAUACUCAUAAAUUGACCCAUUGUGGUCAAAAUAAUUCUGAUGACCUUAAUGGUCAUUCAGAAAUUAGCGUUAGAGGCGAUGAAAUGCAACAAUCGAUAAUGGCUAAUUCAGCGUGGUAUCGAGAUGAUGAAGGUAGAACAGGAUAUAAACCAAAAGAUUGGGCCGAUAAAAUGCGUCCACAGCAAAACCAAGUGAAAAAGUUAGAUCGAAAUGAAGAAAAGAUUUCAUCAUCUGGAUAUGAUAAGCAACAAUCUUUGAUUUUUCCGGAAAAAUCUUCUUUUCCUAGAAAAACGAAUAAAUCGAACUCGCCGACCACGUCAAAUGAUUUUUCUACAGAAAUAAGUCUUAUAGAACAGCACAAAUACGAUUCAAAUAGUGAUAAGGCAAGCAUAGAUCUUCCUUUAGUCCAUCAAGCUACGAAACGAGUCCACAGUUCUUUGAAUAAAGAAUCUCGAACACCUGAGAACCACAAAGAACCACAAGGUAUUCUUCCUCAGUCCAGAGAGCCCACCGAUUCUCAUUCACUUGAAAAAAUUCUAUCUACUCGAUCGAUUAGCUCAGAAAACACUUGCAAGAUCUUAUCGCUUCAUGGUGAUGUUUCUCUUGAUAAUGGAUCAAGGAGACUCUCUUUACAGUCACAUAAGAAUGUAACAUUUUCUGAUACAGUGGAGAUAAAUGAAAUUGAGAUGUUACAAAGGGAUGUCAACGAUUGCUUAGAUUACUAUUCAGAUGAACUCGAAGAAUCCGAUAAAAAUAGCAUUCGAUUUGGAACUUCACAAUCACCAACCAUAUCAAUUUCUGAUGAAUCACUUGAAGAAGAGUUUCAAACACAUAUUUUCAAAUCAUUUAACAGUCGAAAUCUUUCUAAUAUCGCAGAUUUACAUUCGGCGAGUGAUUACUCUGCAGACGUAGCUCAGAUCAACGAUAAUAGCUAUCACAUUGAUUACGAUGACAAUGAAUAUGGCUUAUCACUUAGCACACGAACUUUAGUGCCGGAGUCAGAAUUUGACUUGAACACUGAUUUAACAUCCAUUCAAGUGGAAACUAGUAUGUCAGGACAAUAUGAUAAUUUAUCUUUUCGAACAAAUAAUUCAUUAACAGCUGGAAAUUCUUUGAUUUCCUCCAUCUAUGAUAAUAUGUCACAAUCAUCAUUCUCUGAUAAUUUCUCUGAUAAUUUUUAUAAAUCGGAAGAAAAUGUUAUAAAAUUAAGUAAAUGUGGAUUUGAGAGUAAGGAAGUGCAAACAGACGAUAGUUAUCCUUUCAAACAUUCUCCAUUAAGUGGAGAAAUUUCAAGGCAAUCAUCUGCAACGAUUCAUUUAGUACCACCUGACUUAAUAAAUGUUGCCACAAAUCAAACAGCUCAAGCAACAUGCAUUGACUCAAAAAUUAGCGCUUCAAUGGACAAACAACAAUUCAAUUCUAAUAAAGAACAAAGGCAUUUAAAACAUUUUCUUGCCCAGUUUGGUACAAAUUAUAUGGCCAAAGCUAAUUUUGAUUCAGAUGGCGAAGAAUAUCCAAUAGAUCCAUCACAAAAUCGUAAAGAUAGUUGUGCAUCUACGCUUUCACGAGAAUCCAUCCUUAGCGUUACUUCAAAUCGAAAUGAAAGCCUAAUCACUCGUAAUUUCAAUUAUUAG